UGGUGUUCUCUUGUUGGAGUGGAAGAAUUUGCGCUCGAUAGGUGGUAGCUCAACUCAUAAUUUUCCCAUAUUUGCAUUCGAGGUAACUAUGGAACCAUCACUGAACUAUUUGCGAACGCUUUUGGCGUCGCCCCUCCUACUUAUCGGGGCUGUCUUUGGAUGUUUAUUCAUCUACGUAUCUGCCGUCAUCUUCUAUCGCUUGACCCUACAUCCUCUUGCUCGAUAUCCAGGUCCGCGCCUGGCAGCAAUCACGGACAUCUAUUUGACAUACUUUGCCUACCGGGGAUCGCGUCAUCUGGCUUUCCAACGUGCACACGAGACAUAUGGUUCCUAUGUGCGCAUGGGACCUAACACUCUCUCAAUCAAUACAAAUACGGCCUUGAAAACGAUUUACGGAUUCCGAUCAAAUGUCCGCAAGGCCGAUUUCUAUACUGCUUUCCCAGCCAACAAACACACAUACAAUGUACACAGCAGUAUCGACAAGCUGCAGCAUGCUCGUAAGAGGAGGGUCCUAAGCCACGCGUUUAGUGAUUCUGCGAUCAAGAGUUUGGAGAGAUACAUUCUGGCGAAUGUAAGAACGGCAUGUCGAUUGCUCGAAGACAGUGUCACUGCUGCAGCUCAAGAUGAAAAGAAACAAGGCUGGGGCAACUCGUGGAAUGUUGCGAAUUGGUGCAACUGGAUGGUUUUUGAUAUCAUGGGUGAUCUUGUUUUUGGCAAGGCAUUUGGUAUGUUGGAAAGCCCAGCAAAUCGAUUUGCAGUCGACCUGGUGGGAAAUGCUGCACACAGACACUUAAUUUGUGGAUCCCACCUUACUAUCCACAAGUGGCACCUUGAUAAAGUAUUUUUUCGGAAGAUCGCAGCCCAACGGGGCCGAUAUAUGCAAUACAGCAAAUCACAAGCCAUGGAACGUACUAAGAUGGGCAUGGACGUCGACAGGAAGGACUUUUUCUACCAUCUUCUGAAUGCCAAAGACCCAGAAACUGGUAAUGGCUUCAGUAUGGAUGAGCUCUGGGGCGAAUCCAACCUUCUUAUCAUUGCGGGCUCAGACACUACUUCAACGGCUAUGGCAGGCACGUUUUUCUACCUCGCUCACAAUGCCGCUGCCUUGCAGAAGCUUUGCCGGGAGAUCCGGGACACUUUCUCAGACGUCGAAGAGAUAGUGACAGGGCCGAAACUGAGCGGUUGCUCUUACUUGCGGGCAUGCAUCGAUGAAACGAUGCGAAUGACGCCACCUGUCGCUGGGGCUCUUCCUCGUCAGGUACUCGAAGGGGGCAUUGAAAUCGACGGUCAUCACAUUCCUGCUGGUAUCGACGUUGGUGUCCCUCAUUAUGCUAUCCAUCAUAAUGCAGACUAUUAUCCCCGCCCAUUCGACUACAUUCCUGAACGUUGGCUUUCUGAUCCUGCGGCGAACCCACUCCACACAAAGCUUCCAGAAGCACAUUCGGCGUUUUGUCCGUUCAGCAUUGGUCCCAGAGGUUGCAUUGGCAAAGGCCUGGCAUAUGUAGAGCUAACUGUGACUGUAGCACGAGUGCUGUUUUCUUACGAUAUUCGAUUGGCUCCUGGAACGACGCUAGGUGCAGGCAGUAAGCAUCUUGAAGCUGGGCGGACUAGGCCUACGGAGUAUCAAAUCGAGGAUCGGUUCGCGAGUACGAAAGAUGGGCCGGUCUUGCAGUUUAAAGCAAGAGGAUCUUGA